AUGGCUCUUUCUCGAGCUUUUAGCUCCACUCGUGUGGUCUGGGGCAAAGAGGAUCGUCAUUCUCACGAGAAAAUCCGAGAAUUAUCUAUCUGGUCACUUUCAGUUAAUCUGAGAGGCAGUGAUAUUGUCCAUAUAGGAAAAUGUAAAAGCUUUAGACAUCGUAAAUCGCACAUAGUUCGUUCGACAAAACCUUCCGGAGCUUCCUCAAGCCCAGAUUUGUCCUCAUCCCAAAGUAAUGCUCACGAUUCUCAAACGGCAGCAAAUGAGUCUGUGUUGAUUUUGUUGCGGCAUGGAGAAUCAAUGUGGAACGAGAAGAACCUCUUCACUGGGUGUGUGGAUGUGCCGUUGACUGCAAAAGGAGUAGUGGAAGCCAUUGAAGCUGGGAAAAGGAUAAGCAAAUUCCCGUUGGAUAUUAUAUACACAUCGGCUUUGGUCCGUGCUCAGAUGACGACUAUGCUUGCUCUGACACAACAUUGUUGCAUGAAGGUUUAG